CGCACACGAAACUUGCCUAGGUUGCGCGUUUGCUCUCUCGCUCUUUCCCUCCCUCCCAUCCAGUGCAGCCAGCUGCCGAGGGCUGUCCGCGGGCGGGGCGUGCCGGCCGGGCUAGGGCUGAGCCGGGCAGGGCGUUCCUCGCCCUCCCCUUUCCUGUUUGCUGGCUGCCCAGUUAACUUGAGCCGGGAAGGUGCGGUGGGAGGAAGGACCGACUCCCAGAUGCUCCGGGACAGCGGCGGGGCCAAGACGUCCCUCCGGGCGCAGCAAGCGGGGCUGGCUUCGGCGUCUCUGCUCUUAACGUCGCCCUGACUAAGAACACCGAGCUCUUUAGCCCAGGAGAAGAGCCCAAACAUCCCAGCAGAGUACUGAAAGAUUGCAGAUUACGGAGUUGCAAUUGCAGGUGUUGUUGAGAAAAGUACACGUGACUUGGUUGUGAGAAAGGACAUGAGGAGUCCAAGGACUUGGGGUGCUGCUGAUCAGAAUGAAACAAAUGUUGAAAGACUUUUCAAAUCUAUUAUUAGUGAUGCUCUGUGACUAUGUCCUUGGUGAAGCCGAGUACCUCCUCUUGGGGCAGCCAGGUCACGUAGCUUUAAGCAACAACUCGGUGAAUGUAGAGUUCCAAUAUUCUGAUGGAAAUAAUACGGCAAUGAGGAAUGUGUCCGUCCUUCUGCUGGAGGCCAGCAAAAAUCAGACCAUCACCACCAAGUACCUCCUGACCAACCAGUCCAAGGGCACUUUGGAGUUUGAAUGUUUCUAUUUCAGGGAAGCAGGUGACUAUCGGUUCUUACUGAGUCCGGCAAAAAUGGACAAUAGCACAAGAGCCCCCUGGCAAGAGAAGCAUGCUUUCCUGAAGGUGGAGUGGCCAGUGUUCCACAUCGAUUUCAAUCAGACAUCAAAGACGACAGGAAGUAUCUUGCAGGUGGGACUUUUUACAAAUCAGCCUCUGUGCUCUUUCACUACCGACAGACCAGACAUUUCAGUGGACGUCACCUUUACUAAUAGUAUCUCAGAGCUGAAAGACAGCAGGGAUCAACCACUGGAAAUAAGGAUCAGCAAGAGGGUUAACCUUGCUCCAGUCCAGUGGAUAGAGUUUGACUGUGCUCCCAUUGGUUCCCAAGCCUAUGUCUCUGUGUUAUUGAAACUGCAUAAUACCGAAUCAGUCAUUACCUCAAUAGGACCCAUUGACCUGGUCCAUAGAUUUGGCUACAAGCUGAUGACAUUGCCAGAACUAACGUGUGAGUCCUUGGUGGAUGUGGUCAUUGUGCCCCCUCCAUGCACUUUUGCCCAAGGAAUGGUUACUGUGUACAAGGACACCCCCAGGAAUUCUGGGGACAGGCCUGGAUGGCUGGCUGAAAACAUCGUGCCCCUAGGAGCCAGCAAAACGGCAUUUAACUGUACUUUGUUUGCCAUGGGGAAAAAUAAAUACUGCUUUGAGUUCAGCUUUUCAAGCAAAAGCCAUUUUUCCUCGAGGGAGAAGUGCAUGGUGAUUCAGAGAAAUAUAGAAACAUGGAGCCUAUGGCAGGCCUGGAACCCAUGCAGUGUAACAUGUGGUGACGGCGUACGGGAUCGGCAGCGAAUCUGUCUCACCUCCUUCCCUUCCAAGCCUGGCUGUGUUGGAACAUCUAUAGAGACUUCCUUGUGCUCUUUGGAAGAGUGCUUUACCCUCAAACCUUCCAGCUCAUCUCCUGUCGAACCCAAGGGCUCCCUGAAAGCCAAUAAUAUUGUGACUGUUACGGGAAUCUCUCUGUGUUUGUUCAUAAUCAUUGCCACUGUCCUCAUUACCCUCUGGAGGAAGUUUGGCCGGGCCCCCAAGUGCAGCACCCCGGCACGCCACAACUCCAUCCACUCCCCCAACUUCCGGAAGAAUUCAGACGAAGAGAACAUCUGUCAACUGAGUGAGCAGAGGGGGAGCUUCUCUGAUGGGGGCGAGGGACCCUUGGGAAACCCUGCAGAGGGCGGCAUCCCUUUGACCUACCGGCGGAGCAUGCAGCUGCCUCCAGAGGAAGAAGUCUCUGGCAGUGAGAGCUUUCAGUCCAACGCCCAGAAGAUAAUUCCCCCCCUUUUUAGCUACCGCCUGGCACAGAAGCAGCUUAAGGAGAUGAAAAAGAAGGGCCUGACCGAAACAACCAAAGUGUACCAUGUGUCUCAGAGUCCUCUGACCGACACGGUUGUUGGGGGUGCUGCUGGGGCCGGCUUAGACACAGAAAGUCCAGAAGAAGCCACAGGGAACAAAUUUAGAAUCAAAUCCCCUUUUCUGGACCAGUCCACCAUCAAUCCAGGGGAAAGGCCUCAGUCCAGGCUAGAUUUUAACAUGACUCUGGCCAAUCCUGCAGUGAGCCCCAGCCAGACCCUCCUUCACAGAUCCCAGCUAAAAUACAUGGGCAGCAAAGGGGGCCAGUCUGAAAGAAGCUAUCCUCGGCAUUCGCACUUCAGGAGAACUGCGAGUUUUCACGAAACCAAGCAAGUCAGACCCUUCAGGGAAAGGAGCAUGUCCACUCUGACCCCGCGACAAGCUCCAGCCUAUAACUCCAGGACACGAACCUGGGACCAUGGAGAAGAGAGAUUUAGACCUCGGUCGCGGGGAGCCCACCCAUGUCCUGAGAAGCUGGAGCAUUCCCAGGGGCCUGGGAUGGCCAGUGAACCACUCAGUCCUCUCUCCAAGCUCCACCCCAUGGGGCCUCCAGCCAGGAAACCUGACUUGAUCACUGACCGUUCUUCAGGACUGGUGAAUGGCACAGAGAGAGCUGAACCCCACAGACACAGGAGGGGACCUUCACCCAGUCACAAGAGUAUCUCAAGGAAACAGCCCUCCCCAACUGUCCCCAAGGAGAGCUACCAGAGGGUCAGCCCUUUGAGUCCCUCCCAGUACAGAAGAGACAAGUGUCAGAGCUUCCCAGCACACCCUGAAUAUGCUUUCUAUGACAAUACUUCUUUUGGUCUCACUGAGCUAGAGCAAAGGAUGCUUGACUUGCCUGGAUAUUUUGGGUCAAAUGAAGAAGAUGAAACAACAAGCACACUGAGCAUAGAGAAGUUGGUGAUUUAAAGAACACCUGAGUGUAAGAGCAAAACUAUGGAAUCUUGGUCACUCUCCUAAUCCAUGCUCUCACUCCCUGCCUGAAGCAUCAGCCCCUGGACUAUUUUCAUUAUAGUUUUUAUACCACUGAACAGACAAUGGGGAAGAAAUGAUCUGUGGGAAGAAUACUCUGUGUGUGCAUGAAAAACAGAGAGAGAGAGAGAGAGAGAGAGAGAGAGAGAGAGAGAGAAGAGAAAAUGAGAGAAAAAGAAUGAAAGGAGAGAGAACAAGAGAGAAAUAGAAUGAAAGAGAAAGAGCAACAGACAGAGAGAAUGAAAGAGAAAAUGAGGUAUAAUGAAAGAAAAAGAAUGAGAGGGGAAAGAGGGAGGGGAGGGGAAGACGUUAUUUAUCCUAAACUUGUUUCCAUCAUUAUCCUAUCACUGUUGGUUAAUGAAUAAUAAAGCAAUAAUAAUGAUAAUAGGAAUUGAUUUCUUUGGAGGCAUAAAGUAUGUUCAAAUCUAAUUCAGGAAGGUGAACUUCUGAGGAAACUCCCCUUCCAACCUGAAGGUAACCCUUUGAGUUAUACCUAAAGCCAUCAAUUCUGGACCAGGUGACCUUAGUAAUGGAAGCUUUAAUCCUAAUGAAGAAAUUGCAGCUAACUUAAGAAUCUAGUAACCUUGGAGAAAGCAUUAACAUGUUCCAUAUAUAUGAGAAGUACAGUCAGAAUAAAGGAAUUUUUUGGAAGCCAAGUGAUUAGACUAGGAGUAAUUAGACAUUUAAUGAGCUGCUACAGAAACAUGAUUCUUUGAGACCUACAAGAGGAAUUUAACAGAGUUUUUGUGUGGAGCCCAGAAUUCAGCUGGAAAGAUACACUUAGUUCUAUUCUGGAGACAUAAAACCCCAGGACAGUUAUCCAGAGUGGGAGCCAAAUUAAGGUUUCUUCUAACAUUCACCAUUGUCCAGGUCAUUUAUAGUAUACUCCUUAAAAGGAACAAACCUGGUUCUCCUUGUCUUUUAUGAAAUCAGUCCUCUACCUUUUUAUCAGUAGUAAUCAGUAGCAUUUUUUAGUGAUAAAAGGUUUGCAAAUUGCUUUACAAAUAUUACCUUUUUUGAGCCUCAACACAACCUGUGAGGGAGUUGCUAUUAUUCCCAUUUUUACAGAUGAAAAAAUUGAGGCUGAAAAAGGUUAAGUGGUUUGCCCAGAGUUACAAUGCUGGUGUAGGGCAUCUAGGUGUGCUAGUAGUUAGAGUACUGGCCUUGGGGAACCUAAGUCAGGGGAACCUAAAUUCAAAUUUGACCCUGGAUAUUUACCUGUGAUUCUGUACACAUCAUUUAAGCCUAUUUACCUCAGUUUCCUCAUCUACAAAAUGAGCUGGAGAAAGAAAUGGCAAACCACUACAAUAUCCUUG